AUGGCUCAACAAUCACAAACUUUCCUACUAAAAACAGAAUUGAAACUUUCAUCCAAUCUUCAGCAACACUCUUCCACGAGCGAGCCAAUCUCCAAUUCACUUGGUCCUUUACAAUUUAAAAGUGAAGAUGAAGAUGAGAAAAGUGUGGUCUGUCGACGGCGAAGCGGUAAACGGCAGGAGAAACCGCCGUAUUCUUACAUUGCUCUCAUCGCUAUGGCAAUACACGCAAAACCGGACCGGAAAGCAACACUUACUGAGAUUUACGCUUUCCUUCAGAGAGAAUAUAAUGGUUGGAAGAAUUCUAUUAGACAUAACUUAUCACUCAAUGAGUGUUUUAUAAAAUUACCAAAAAGUUCGGGCGGCCGAAGUGGUAAAGGACAUCAGUGGACGAUCGAUCAGAAUUGCGAAUUUCUCUUUGAAGAAGGCUCGUAUCGAAGGCGACCACGAGGUUAUAAAGCUCGUGUACGAAAUUGCGAUUAUCCAAAUGGACAGUUAGAACCAAUUUUUGUCGAAACCAGUACCGUGCCUAUUAGCAACAAUAUGAUCGCCGUUGAUGGGACACAUUUCGUUACACAGCAACAGAACUAUCUGCCUCAAUAUACGGCCAAUGCAUUCUGGCCUCAUUAUGAAUAUGCAAAUCAAUGGCCAAAUAGUUAUGGACUAGCUUCAUCAACAGUGAACAGCUAUGCUGCCUAUGAUAACAUGCAAACAAUUGCACAACAGCAACAAACUGAUUAUACGGAAGGUUGUCCAAUGGUUAUGAUACCAAGUGAUUUAUCUGGUGAUCCAGAUAUGUUUGUCAACGAACAACAACAGCAUGUUAACUUGUCACAGUUCGACACUUCUUCCCAGCUCUAUAAUCAGUAUGCAAAUUUACCAUCACCACAUCAAAACUCAUGA